AUGACCAGUCUGUAUCCAUACCCACCGAUCCCCGCUGAUUGCGAGGAUAGCCUCAAGCCAUCAUCGGGCAGGGCAUUGCCUAGGGAAUUGACCCUGGUUACCAGUCAGAACCCCCUCUUCCCCCUUCCCUUCCCCCAUUCGUCUUAUGCAGAAACACGAUCGGACAAGUGGGGCUCGCAUGAAGAAGCUGCCCCUCGAGCGCUGAAAGAGCCAACCGUGACUCUCGACAAUGAACGACUAAUACGGACGCAUCAUCGCACUCUGGGACCUUGUCCCUUUGUGUAUGAAACCACCGAGGCCGAUGGAAAGUCCAUCUGGGUCGUAAGCAUUGGGCCCAACGUGCCAAUGUACGACACGCAUGCCGGCGGGCGCGAGAUCCACAUCCAUCCGGAGUAUUUACUCCCUCAACUGUCCAAAGUGUAUAGUGGGAGUCGCCCGGAUCCCCUGCGUCGUCGGAUCAAUCCCCGAAGGUUUCUCACGGCUUCGGAUUUGGAAAUGUUGCGUCGAUUCUUUCCUGCAGCCGUUGGGGCUCGCGUGCUCAUCUCGGGGUUUAUAAUCGUGUUGUUUCCCACUCGCAAGGAUAUCGAGGCUUCGUGGUUGGAAGGAUGUGUGCCAUCAUUUGGUCUACUGCGAUUAGGGUAUGGGAAUGCAGUUCAUUACCCAACGGUCGCCGUCGCCGAUAGUGGCAAUGCAGUCGCUAGCACGCCUGAGAAGAGCGAAUCUGUCACAUCCCUGGGUCUGAAACUGCGAUUUGCAGAUGAUUCGCAGGGCAUUGCGAUUGCGACUCACGGUUUUGUUGAUAUGAAAACCGCCCAAGGAAACAUUGCGCACAAGGAGAGAAGCUGGCUGGCAAAAACCAAGUCGACAUUUUCAAAGGCGACAGCGAUGAAAGUCAAGGAAUGUGUUAAAAUGGCAGCUGCAGUGGACUCGCCGCUGGGAAAAAGCGUGUGGUUUGUCCAGGAGCCAAAAGAGAAAAUCGGCCAUGUCACGACAACGUACGACCAUCACAUCGCUCGCUUUUCCACUUUCCCUCAGACCAUCGAUCACGACACCUCAAUUGUGACAGGAGAUCACCUCCCAAAGGUGUUGAAUCCUCCACGCGCGCCCCGAAUCACCGGCUGGGGCAACUAUUGCGACGCAUUGGAUGGCCAGUUGUCCUUCACGAUGGCACUUAGUGCAUUGAGCGAGACAUCCAAAGAGAAGAGCCGCAUGGAUCCAUUCGGCACCAUGCAAAAAGCUGUCGUCGAGGGAUCAGAAUAUCUGUGGAAUAGAAAGGCACGUACGCAAUCGGCUGCGCUACUGUGGCGAGCGAUGCACGACGGCACCGAGAUGGAAGGGCUCUCUGGAUCGGUGCUGUGCCUGGGAGAACCGACGGAUCCUAAUUGUCGUGCGGUUUUGUUUAAGCACUUUGAGACGCCAAUCAGUCCUCAGCACUUUCAUGUGAGUGGCGUGGCUUCUGCUCGGGGUGAUACUUCGUGGUCGAGUAUCAAUGGAGGCUUUGUACUUCCUCCUGAGAUCCGCACGGCUGAGAUCAUUUGCGAGACGGAUGAGUCUACAGGACUGCCGCUAGAGGAGCAGGCAUGGGAUAUCGAGUAA